AUGGGUGUCAGCUUGCUCACUAAGGGCCUUGCGCUCCUUCAUCUCUGCGUCGGGUUGGCGGCCGCGAACAAUGGCUCGACACCGCUCUACAAGAACCCCAAUGCACCGGUGGAAGAUCGUGUCACUGAUCUCCUGGGUCGGAUGACGAUCCACGAUAAGACUGCACAAUUGCUGCAAGGUGAUCUCUCGAACUGGAUGAAUACUACGACCGGAGAGUUCAACUACACGGGUCUGGUCGCGAAUAUGGAGCUGAAGGCUGGAGGGUUCUAUGUUGGAUAUGCGGUGCCAUGGGAUUGGAUGGUAACCAACAUCAAGCAUGCGCAGGACUACCUGAUUCAUAACACGACGCUUGGGAUUCCUGCGCUUGUUCAGACGGAAGGUAUUCAUGGGUUCUUGGUCGAGAAUGCCACGAUCUUCAAUUCACCCAUUGCAUAUGGGUGCUCUUUCAACCGCGAGUUGGUCUACAAGAUGGCCAAGAUCAUCAGUCAGGAGACUCUCGCUCUUGGUGUCAAUCAGCUAUUUGCUCCUGUCGUUGAUUUGGCUCGGGAACUGCGAUAUGGUCGGGUCGAAGAAACCUACUCCGAGGACCCGUAUCUUGCUGGCGAGAUUGGUUAUAACUACGUGAAGGGCCUGCAGAGUCUGAAUGUUUCGGCCACCGUCAAGCAUUUCGUGGGUUUCAGUGCCCCUGAGCAGGGAUUGAAUACCGCACCGGUUCAAGGAGGAGAACGAUAUCUUCGUACCACCUGGCUGCACUCUUUCAAACGCGCUAUCAUCGAUGCCGGUGCCUGGAGUGUCAUGAGCGCAUAUCACUCUUACGACGGCAUUCCAGCUGUAGCCGAUUGGUUCACCUUGACGAAGAUUCUCAGAGAAGAAUGGGGCUUUAAGCACUGGGUUUUCAGCGAUGCCGGUGGCACUGAUCGACUCUGCACGGCUUUCAAGCUCUGCCGAAGCUCCCCAAUCGACAUGGAAUCGGUUACUCUGCAGGCGCUACCUGCCGGCAAUGACGUUGAAAUGGGCGGUGGCUCUUUCAACUUCCAGAAGAUCCCUGAGCUUGUGGAGUCCGGCAAGCUCGACAUUGAGACCGUCGACACCGCUGUCUCGCGUGUCCUUCGGGCGAAAUUCGAGAUGGGUCUCUUCGAGAAUCCCUUCCCUGCUGCUCCCGAGUCACAGUGGCACGAGCUGAUCCACAGCUCGGAAGCGGUCGAGCUUGCUCGGACUCUGGACAAGGAGUCUAUCGUGUUGUUGGAGAACCACAACAAGACCCUUCCCUUGAAGAAGGGCGGCAGCAUCGCGGUCAUUGGGCCCAUGGCUCAUGGUUUCAUGAACUAUGGAGACUACGUCAUCUACAAGAGCCAGUACCGUGGCGUGACGCCUCUGGACGGCAUCAAGGCUGCUGUCGGCGAUAAAGCCACAGUCAACUACGCCCAAGGCUGCGAGCGCUGGAGCAACGAUCAGUCCGGCUUCGACGAGGCCAUCACAGCGGCCAAGAAGUCCGACGUCGCCGUCGUCGUCGUGGGCACCUGGAGCCGCGACCAAACCGAGCUCUGGUCCGGUUACAACGCUACCACCGGUGAACACAUUGACCUCGACAAUCUCGCCCUCGUAGGCGCCCAGGGCCCGCUGGUCAAAGCGAUCGCCGACACCGGCGUGCCGACCAUCGUGGUCCUAUCCAGCGGCAAGCCCGUCACAGACGUGACCUGGAUCGCCAACUCGACGGCCGGUCUGAUCCAGCAGUUCUACCCGUCGGAGCAAGGCGGCGCGGCGCUCGCGGACGUAUUGUUCGGCGACUACAACCCGUCCGGCAAGCUGUCAGUCAGUUUCCCGCGCUUCGUCGGCGACCUGCCCAUCUACUACGACUUCCUCAACUCCGCGCGCAACAUAGGCCCCGCCGGCCACGUCUACGCCAACGGCACCCUCGACUUCGCCUCCCAGUACGCCCUGGGCGACCCCACUGCCAUCUACGAAUUCGGCUACGGCAAGAGCUACGUCGACUUCAAAUAUGGGCCCGUCACGCUCAGCAAGACCAACGUCUCUGCGUCUGACUCGGUCACCGUCAGUGUGGACGUGACCAACACCGACUCCCAACGCGACGGCACCGAGGUCGUGCAGGUGUACGUCUCGGAUAUGAUCGCGUCGGUGGUUGUGCCGAACCGCGCUCUCAAGGGCUUCGAGAAGGUGGUCAUCCCCGCUGGCAAGACUAAGACGGUGGAUAUCGAGUUGAAGGUCGAGGAUCUCGGCCUGUGGAACAAGUCCAUGCAGUAUGUUGUCGAGCCUGGCGCGUUCGCCGUGCUGGUUGGUAGCAGUUCGUCGGAUAUCCGGGGCAAUGCGACGUUCUAUGUGGAGUAG